AUGACAAGUUCAAGUUCUAGCAAGAAAAAAUCGAAGAAGAAAGUACAUGCAACUACUUCAAAAGUUUCGAAAAUCCUCCAAAAAAGGGGUAGAAAGGUUGCCCCACCCAUUGUUCGACCAACAUUACCAAAUAAUGUCAGUUAUGUAAUUAAACAUAUUCCAAUGAACUGCUUAAAGUUUGGUCCUACCUACAACUCCAAUUUUAUUGAAGAUUUAGUACUGUCAAUAAAGGACCAAGGUAUUGAGUUAUUCAAGGAUACCAUAUUUGCCCCAUACCUUAAUAUCCCUAAAUGCAACUAUCAAGGUCAGAUUACCAAGUGUUUAUAUCUGUUAGAGAUUGAGCAGGGCAAUUUAGCUAAUGAAAUUCACAUUCGUCAUGCCAAAGGGAAUGUCUUGAUAUUUAGUAUCACAGAUUUUGCAAUUAUUACUGGUUUGAGAUGUAAAGGAAAUGUCAAAGAUUUUAAUUAUCCAGCUUCAAAAACCAGUAGGCUUGUGCAAAGAUAUUUUCCUAGUCCAAAUUAUAAUGUGAAUAAAGGUCGCCUGGUAGAUCGUUUUAUGCAAGGUGGUUGGGACAACAAUGAUGAUGCCCUUCAGAUGGCUAUCUUGUUUUUCAUUCACACAUUUUUGUAUUCCCAACUUGGGGAUGCACCAAUUCCUAUUGAAGAUUUCUUCAUGGUAGAAGAUGGUAGCUAUGAAGAGUACCCGUGGGGACAAGUGGCUUUUACAAAGUUAAUGAAAUCUUUUAGACAAGAGUAUACACCCACCAAAAAAAUGUAUCGUUUGAAUGGACUCCCAUACGCAUUGAAUGUCUGGAUAUAUGAAUGUGCGUCUGUACUAAAUAACGAGAUAGCCGUUAAAGAAGGAAACGGUAUACCAAGGAUGUGCAAUUGGCAAGUUGUUGCUCCAAAGCCCAAAUUUGAGAUGUUCAUGGAUACCAUAUUUACUGAGAUUGACUGUUCUAACAUACAACCAACUCCUGAGGAAAUCAGAUCACUUGAUUUACCGGAUAACAACCAUGUACCUUCAAAUCGACCAGAUUCACCAAUUGUUAAUAACGAGGAGGUGCAACCGGAGGAGGUUCCUGGUUUUGAAGACUUCUCAUCAAAACCUCCGGAUCAAUUCUUGAGGAGAUCAACUCGAGUACCUAGCUCAGGAUCUACCCCACCCCGCAAAAGAAUAAAGGUUGUACAUCCACAUAAAUAUAGUUUGUCCCACCUCACACAACCACAUGAGCAACCAAAACAGUCAUUUCAAUCUCCGAGUUCAGAAACAAAACAAGCUGAUAAUGUAUCUGGUGUUCCUCAUAAUACAUUCUCUGGAAAAACAACUUUUGACAGUGCAGGAAUGGAGGAUCUGAAGAUGUACAUGAAGGGUUAUGUUGACAACAAAUUUGGAGCUCUUGAAAAUAAAAUUGGAGCACUUGAGGAGUUAAUAAAAAGCAAUCAGUCUGAAUUGCUGAAAGCGUUUGGCGCGAAAGAUAACAAAACUGAAAAGGAUAUUGGAGGCGUUUCAUCGUCACACAUGAUGGAUGAUUCUGUAGAGAAAGGUGGUGUUGAUUCACAACCCAAGUCUGAUAAAUUCGAUCAACAAACCAUUUCACCCAUACAAAUGGAUUUUGCAACUGAUUAUGAUGUUGUUAAACCUGCUGUGGAUGUUGAAAAAGAAAAGGUUUCUGAUCACAAUGUUCAAAAGGUUGGAAAAGAAAAGGUUUAUGAAGACACUGCUAAAAAGGUUGGAAAAGAAAAGGUUUCUGAAGACACUGUUCAAAAGAAGUAUGAUACAUCCAUUAAGGAACAAGUAAUGCAACAUUCAAGUGUGCUUCAACCCACAACACUCUAUAAUGAUCCUUCGGUAAAUGUGAUUAUUCAUGAUAAGAAAGUAGAUGAUGGUGCAGAUACAAUUCAACAAGAAUUCGGAAAACAUGCUUCAAAUUCAGCAGUUGUAAAUACAUCGGAUUCUACCACAUCGGCCUCCAUUUCGUCUGGAACCGAAUUAGCUGUAGAUGCACUUGUAUAUGGACUUCCAAACCAGCCAAUUAAUGUCAAACCUCUGAGUGUACUCCAUCUAACCGAAGGUGAUGAUUUUCUAUCUGACAGCCAGAUACCCACCCAACUUCCAGGAGAUGAGCAUGCACCGAAUACAAAUACAAAAACUCCAGCUCCUCGUAACAGAAUGCCUUCAAAGGUUUUGCAGUCUCCUUAUGUGAAUUCUUUUGGAUCAAGUGAUAAGGGCAAGGAGAAAAUAGACGAUGACAUCCGCCCAUACACUCCAUUUGAAGAUUGUCGUAUCACAUAUCAACUCUCGUCAGGUUUAAUGCAAGAGUUCUUAGAGUGGAUACAAAAGGGACUCCUCAGAACACAUGCGAAGAAAAAACCAUUUGAGGACAAAUAUAGAGGCAAAUCUGCUCUAUUUGGUUUUGACCAUAUGGAUUUUGUUGUCGCAUGUCCUGCUGACAAGAACUGGUUUUAUACUAUGUCAUAUCCAAUGAAAUGCUGGACUGAUCAGCACAUAGAUGUAAUUUUUUACUAUCUACGUAAGAAGUCAAAAUUAAGAAGCAUGGAUCAGUACUUAUACACUACGGUCAACUGUUUGUUCAAGUCAUAUAUCGACAUUGUAUACAAGAGGUAUCAUUGCUCUCCUGCAGAUGAUACUUUUAGUACACAGGAACAUAUUGAUCGUGGUGUUACGGUAUCUGCUUAUGAAAGGUCUAUCAAAGACAUCAUAAGUGGGUUUUCGAUCCCAGCUGCUUUACCAUGGCAUCUAGUAGAUGAGGUUUAUAUUCCGGUUAAUUGUGGCGAAGAUUUUCAUUGGGUGUUGGCUGUGGUUGUUUUAAAGGAAAGGUUAAUACGAGUGUAUGACUCGUCUAUGGUAUCAAGGAAAAAAGUUUAUGCAAAAGAGAUAAAGAAGUUGUCUGUAAUGCUUCCAAACUAUCUUCAUGAUAGUGGGUUCUUUGAUAAAAUGGGAAGAACUGAUUGGGCAUCAAUGGAGGCGUACAAAGACAAGGAAACUGGUGAACUGUUGGGUCCACAACAUUCGUUUGAGGUGGAAUAUGUUCAAGACAUUAUGCAACAACAAAGUGAUAGCCUUGAUUGUGGAAUGUAUGUAGCUGCUUUUGCUGAAUAUUUGAGCGAUGAAAUCAGCAUUCCAUCUAUAAGUUUUCGGAGUGACUAUCUUCGCAAUAGAUAUGCUACACUCUUAUGGAAGUAUGGUAUGGACAAGUUCAAGGCGGGAUAUGUUAGCGAUAACGAUGAUCCUACAAGGCCGAAGAGUUUCUACACUAUACCAGCAGAAUGUGGACUGAUUAAUAUAGAAUAG